AUGGGCACCCAGGGUUCCACUGUGUCUACUAAUGCCUACAACAACAGUGACACCUCAGCCAAAUCAAUGGAUAUAUCUUUACUGCAGAAGUGCGACCAGCAGAAGAAGUUGUACCUGUAUGAUAAUCAGAUCCGAGAAAUAAAGAAUUUAGAGCUGCAAGGAAACCUGCCAGUUCUGUGGCUUAAUAAUAACUGCAUCACUAAGAUUCAGGGCCUGAACACAAUGAACAAUCUGAGGAAACUAAACCUUUCUGACAACGCCAUUGAAAAGAUUGGGCACAACCUUGAUCCCAAUGUCAACCUUGAGAUUCUCAAUCUGUCCGGAAACAAGAUAUGCUCCUUUAAGGAGCUGGCCCACCUGACUCGGUUGCCCCACCUGAAGGAGCUGAUGCUCACCGAACUCACAAUAACUCCGGAAACUGUUCGGGUGUGUAACUAUAUCUCACACAUCCUGUACCACAUGCCAGGCCUGCAGAGACUGGACAACUGGAAUGUCAGUAAGAAAGGGGUACACCCUGGACAGUCUGUAGUUCUAAAGAAACAAAGGUACUACAACAUGCGUGUUCACGCUGUGCAAAGGAACCUGACAGAGACUCAGGCUGCUCUGACAGAAAGGAAAAUGAGUUUGACGCAGCUUCCUGGAGAACGUAUCCGUACUCUCAGUCACGCCAUCAAAUGUUUGGAACAGAAACUCUCCAUGGUGCCUGAUGGUCCUAAGACUUCUAGCUGCAGGAUGCAGACAGAUUCAGGUGUGAGUGAAGGCAAGAAUGAUGCUAUCGAUGAAAGAACUGAUGUGAGCGUUGACAGCAGAGACUCUGCAGCGGAGCAUGAAAUACUUCAGAAGAUAGAAGCACUGAGAGAAAGACUGCAGUGCUGGACCAGGAGGAUGGAUGAAGCUGAGGCCUGGUAUGAGCAGGAACUCCUCAAAGCCACGAAGCACACAGAAUAUUUGGUGCAGUUUCAGUUGAUGGAGCAGGAAAGUGUUGGAACUAUUCGUCUGGUGGAGGGCUUCUCCACAGACCCCUGGUAUACUUCCUGCUGUAACCUCCUGCUCUCCAGCUUCUCUCCAUCGGAUUACAAUUCACCGACCAACAUAAAGAUCAACAGAGUUUUCCGCAUCCACAACAGUGCUUUGAGGCUUCGCUUUGAAAACAAACUUCACAGCCUUCUUGUCAGCGAAGAAUCAACUACAGCCUUAGAGUGACUAAUUUUUGCGAUCUGGAAUUACAGACGUCGACUGGAAUAUUUAUUCUAUGUAGCAGACCCUGACAAAUGUGAGAAAGAGCAAACCUUAUGUGUUUUAGAGGAGGGUUUCAAGACUACGCAGCAACUGGAAGUUUUAGAAGGACAAAAGGCUGUUUCUUUAUCCAACAGCUUAUCUAAGAAAAUAUCAGAUAAAAUCCUAUUCAGGCAUGACAGACCCAGCUUAGCUGAACCCUCCUCAGGCCCUGAGGGUAGCAUCCCCUGCCAGAAGCACUGGUUUUUGUUCGACCAUGAGCUCAUCCUUCCAGAGUACAUCAUACAUUUUGAAUACAUCACUGAGGCCCUCCUGGCCCACUUUCGUACCGACAGCGAAUGUCCUCGAAGUCUCAGCCUGCUGUCGACUGCUCAGCUUCUUUCCCAUUUGGGUCCGGCUCCGUGGGAUCCUUGCAGAGAACUGGAGCCAGACUGGACCGAAAAGAUCACAGCCCUGAACCUUGACAACCAAAGACUUUCUGAGCUUUGCAACCUGGAUAAGCUGGUGAACCUGCGCUGGGCUUCCUUCAACCAUAACAACAUCUCGAAAUACCCCCCAAAAACCUUACAAGGGAGGAGGCCUGCCUGCAUCCUGAAACCACUGAUGCAGAGCCUGGAGAUGCUCCAUUUGAGUCACAAUGGCAUCUACAAUAUGGCCAAUCUGCAGCUCAGCAGGCUCACCAAUCUUAAAGCACUCUUCCUCCAAAAGGUAUGUAUAGUUCAGGGCAAUAAAAUCAGCUGGGUGGAGGGCUUGGAAGGCCUCACCCAGCUCAGGGAGCUCGUGUUGGACCAAAACAGAAUUAAAGCUCUGGAUAAGAACUCUUUCAAAGCCCAGAACCUCCUGCUGGAGCUGCGCCUUGCAAAGAACCGUAUCCGGGAACUGAACUAUCUCGAUUCCCUAACAGAGCUCAACAAACUCUUCCUGGACAUGAACAAGCUGCAGGACAUCACAGAGCUUGAAAAAUUGGAUGCCCUUCCCUCCCUGACAGAGCUCUCUGUAGCUGGAAAUCCAGUUGCCUGUAAAUCCCAGCAUAGGAGAGCGGUUGUGCUGCGUCUAUCGCAGCUGCAGGUCCUCGAUGGAGUCACGGUCACGUUGGAGGAACGGACGAAGGUUGAGCUCUUUAUUAGAGACCAAUAUGUGGGAGCUGAAUCCAUAGCUGCCAUUGCUGUUGCUGAAUUUGAACUUUGUUACUGA